UACUCUUUUCUUUUUGCUGUUGCUGCUCGCUUGUCGCUUCACUACUACACCAGAAGACACUUGCGUAACUAACAGCAGAAGACGUGUUCUCCAAAUUAUACAAUUAUAUGCAGACUUUGGUCAGUCUUGUUGCAGGUGUGGUAGUGUUUGGAGUUGAAUGCAGAAGGUCGUAGCAGUGCUUGGUGGGGGGAUUGGGGGUCUGUCGGCCUGUCAUCAUCUGAGCAAGUGUCCUAAUGUUUCCAAGAUCGUACUGCUGGAGAAAUCUGGGAGAUGUGGGGGUUGGUUGAGCACCAUACGGAGAGAUGAUGGGGCCGUGUUUGAACAAGGACCACGAGGGGUCCGACCUGCUGGUGCUGUCGGCCGGAACACUUUGAAUUUGGUCUCUGAGUUGGGUCUUGAGUCUGAAAUCCUGCCUGUUACAAAGGAUCAUGUGGCGUCUAAGAACCGCUUCCUGUAUGUGAAGGGACAGCUGCACAAGAUGCCAUCGGGACCUGGUGGGGUUAUCCGCACCAUCCCUCCUUUCUCCCGACCCAUAAUUCAGAGCGUUCUGAAGGAGAUGCUGAUCAGGAAAGGGACAGAGGAAGAUGAAUCUGUGCAUGCGUUUGUGUCCAGACGACUGGGUUCUGAGUUGGCUGAUGUAGUCAUAGACAGCCUGUGUAGAGGAGUUUUUGCUGGAGACAGCAGACAGUUGAGUGUACGGUCCUGCUUUCCACCUCUUUAUGAAGCAGAGCGGUCUCGGGGCUCCAUCGUGCUGGGCAUGCUGAUGGGUUCAGGAGGUGGUCCUAAAGUAGUCCCUUCUGACUUGGCAAAGAGAGCAUCUAAAGAGUCUUGGACUCAGUGGUCUCUUAGAAGAGGCAUGCAGGCAUUCCCAGAGGCCUUGGAGGACAUGCUGAAGAGACGAGAACGAGUAGAGCAUCAUCAUCAUGCCAAAGUGACGAGUCUGAAUAUGAACGGUGGAGGCUGGGAGAUCAAACUAGAUGAUGGCAUCUCUUUGAAAGCUGAUCAUGUGAUUUCUACACUACCUGCAUCAGAAUUGGCCUCUGUGCUGCCCCCUGCUGCUCAACCCCUGUCGGAACAGCUGCGAUCCAUCGCUUCGGUAAACGUUGCUGUGGUGAAUUUGGAAUAUGAAGGCUUCAUCCUUCCUGUUACUGGCUUUGGACAUUUGGUGCCUUCCUCUGAAGAUCCUGGUCUGUUGGGGGUGGUAUACGACUCUGUUCCCUUUCCACAACACAAUCGGAGUGGAGGAUUGACCACGAGACUGACGGUGAUGAUGGGAGGUGCGUGGUUUGAGCAGACGUUUGGUCAUCCUGAUUCAGUGACGAAGCAGACGCUGUUGGAUCGAGCCACCCAGGCUGUGACCUCUCACCUGGGCGUAAACUCUCAACCUGUAUGGAGCUGCGUCGCAUUACACAAGAACUGUAUUCCGCAGUAUCAUUUAGGACACUGGAAACGACUUGAAAAGAUGAGGCAAUACAUCAGCAACCACAAUCUGCCCCUUACACUGGCGGGAGCUUCCUACGAUGGUGUCUCUGUCAAUGAUGUUAUAUUUAGUGGGCGGACUGCAGCUGAGGGUCUCAUUGGGAAAACAUGACUUACACAACUUAAUUUUGUCUGCUUUUAUUGAAGAUUUAGGGCUUUGUGAUAUGCAUUCCUGGGAAGAAAUCACUAACAUAUAAAACAACAUGCUUUACUUGAACCUAGAAUGGAAAUCAAGAAGAGUACAUCUAAUUGUUUGGUGAUGCACUAUAUUUAAAAAAUCAUUAUUAGUAUAAUUUGAUGUUUUGUUUUCCAAUAAAACCUAAAUGUCCUUCAAAGAAGAUACAUUGACUUCAGAAAUAAAACUGUGAAAGGUAAUAAGA